AUGGGCAAAGCCAAGGGCCAUGCUCGGCAGUUCGCCGAAUUGGAAGACCGUCCCGUACAAGACUACGACCCAGAAGCAGAUGCGCCGGUCGAAGAAGACGCGAGCGGUAGCGAAGAAUUGAGUGUCGACGAGGACGCUGGGACGGAGCACUAUGUCAACGUAGGCAAGAGCAAACUCCGUCGCAAAGACCAAAUCUCCCUCGGACCCCAAUACCGCGGCGCUCGUGUAAGCCGCGCCGAUCUCGAGGAAGAUGGUAGCGGAGACGAAGAUGAGGAGGAGGCCGGCAGCGACGGCGAAGCUUCGUCGAACUACGAAGACGCCCGCGAAGACUUUGACGACCCCGACACUGCCGACCUCGAAGCCGACCAGGAAGGCCAGGAGGACGCCGAGAUCGACAGCGACGAGGCCUUCAACGAAAGCGACGAGGAACGGUUCAAGGAUUUCGUGUUCAGGAGCAGCUCGCAGGCGACGCCUAAGAAGGGGAAGGGGAAGCGUGUGACAUGGCCUACUGCUGCGGACUACAUGGGGUCGUCCUCAGAGGAUGACGCCGCCGGUUCUGACUUGGACGACGAUGAGGAAGGGUCUGAUGAAGAGAUGCUCGAGGGCGAAGAAUCUUUUGGUGACGAGGAGUUCGGUGGCCUGAUCGACGAUGAAGCCGAAGUAUCCGGGGAAGAUGAUGAAGACGACGACGAAGAGGAGGAAGACGACGACGAAGACGACGAGGAAGACGAAGAACUCGACGCCGCCAGUGACGAGGAGAGCCAGGAUGACGAUGACGACGAGAGUCAGGAGGACGAAAGUGACAGUGAUGCCGAAGAACCUACGGGGGUCGAUGGCGCAUCAAUUCGGAAAUCUAUGGGAGAGAUGUUGACUUCUGGCCAACAGCGUGUGACAGGCGCAUUGACACAAGGCCUGCAGAAAGACAUUGCCAAGGGCCAGGCAGUUCGACAGCAGCGCAAAACGUUCGACGCGCUACUGCACAUCCGCAUCCGUAUGCAGAAGUCGCUUGUCGCGGUGAACUCGCUCAACUCCAUUGAGCAAACCGAAGAGGAACAAGCCCCUUACGAAGCCGCCGAAGCUGCCGCGGUCAAGCUUUGGAAUGCGAUUGACAAUUUCCGCUCGAAUCUACAACCUGAAACGGCUAAAGCAGGCCAGAAGAGGAAACGCCACGCCGACGUUGAUACACCCAGUCAAGAUAUGUGGAACAACAUGGAAGCUGUAGAGGGCCGGGCAAUUGGACGUCGCAGGGCGGUGCUCGAGAAAUGGUCUGGCACCACCAAAAACAUAAAACUGGAGCAGUCAGAUCGCAAGUUUGUCAAGAGUUCCGAAAAGCCUAUCACAGUGCGACUAGAUGAAGAGUUGGACGCUCCAGAGAGACUCGUCAAACGUACGCGGACCCCUCGAUCCUGUGCCCCUGUGCAGGUUGCCAAGAAGGUCAAUGAAGACCCUGAGAUCUUUGACGAUGCCGAUUUCUACCAACUUCUUCUAAAGGAGCUCGUCGAUCAACGGACGAGCGAGACGUCAGGAGCGGGUAUGCAAGCCGCGACUAUACGCUACGCGGCAGUCAAAGAAGCAAAGGCCAAGCGGCACGUCGACACGAAGGCGAGCAAGGGCAGGAAGAUGCGGUUCACCGUCCAUGAAAAACUGCAGAACUUCAUGGCGCCGGAAGACCGCCGGACUUGGGAACAGAGCGCUAUCGACCGAUUCUUCGGGACCUUGUUCGGUCAGAAGAUGGCGUUGAACGAGGAUGGAGACUCGGAUGAGGAGAUGGGAGGCGUGUCGGUUGAGGAGGAGGGACUGCGGCUAUUCAGAAACUAA